CCUAUUUAUCAAAGGGCGUCUGAUUGUCUCAGUUCUUGCCUGGAAAUGUCUGAGAUGACUGAACGUAACACCUUAUUUAUACUUGUGUGUUUAGUAUGUAGGCUAUGCAUGUGAAUAUGUAUGUGCAUAGGCGUCUGGUUAUGUUUUAAAAUGCGGGAGCAAACUUGGAAAGACAGAGAUACUGUCCUCCGUUGGAAAAAAAAAUUGCAAUUUAAAACAAAUUUCCGACAUUUGUAGACCAUCUAACGUCCUGGAUUAAGUCAAGAAACCACCUGCAUGUCCCAACGUGUUAGUUGGCAGCUCUGGUAAUGUGAAGAAAUAUAACUAGGCCUACUCCAUUUAAAUAUAACUAAUUCAUAAAUCUUAUUAAUAAUUCAUUAUUCUUAUUAAUUUCAACUUUAUCACUGUCACCACUCAUACGUAUGUGUUAAAUGAGGUUACAGCUAGUUAGCUUAGCUUAGCAUAAAGAAGGAGAAGGGAACAGUUAGCUUGACUCCAAAGCUUAUUAAUUAACAAGUUAAACCACAUUUGUUUAAUUAUUACAAGAACUGAAGUGUGAAAUUUGCUGUUUAUGGUUUUACGUGUCAUCAUCAUGGUGACGUUGCCAGGCAACCAUCGAACGCUGAGCAAGAAAGACAAUUAGCCUUAUUUCAAAAUGUCGAGCAAAAAAUAACAACUGACAACAAGUUCACAGUUUGUGUUUUCAAUGAACACAAAUAAACACCUCCUAGUGUACCGAAAAAGAGGAAAACAUAUCGUUUAUGUAGCUAACUCAGUUUUAUAAAGUCAGGUGCAGCUUUUAAUAGAAACUCGUUCACCAGCAUUGAACUUUACUCAAUCACCUGCACAAUCUCUGACAUGUUGUCGCACCUUCACGUCUUUUUUUUUUUUUUUUUUUUUUAAACAAACACUUUAUUGAUAUCAGUCAAAUUCAAUCAACAGUAACAAACAAGUUUACAGAACAAAAAGAGGAAACAGUGCCAGGGAAUUCAAUUAUGACAUUAAAAAGCAUUCAGAAAAGGGAUUGUGCAAGAAGGAUUUAUAUUCACUAAAAGCAAAAUAAUACAUAGGGAAGUAAACAAAUAAAUCAAGGGGCACAGUUUAAUAAUUACGUGAUACAGUGGAUAAUUUUAUAUGUUUCAAAUAUUGUUUGGGUCUUUGCUGCUUGUCUAUUUGUCAUCUUGACUAUAGAGUUAUAAUAGAGGCUAAUAUCAAUUAGAAAUAAGGUAAAGCUUGGUUUUCUAUUGGUCCAUUUCAUUUUAUGUAUGUGGAAUUUGCCAAAAAUCAUAAACAGUUGGAUUAAAAAGCUAACAUUUUUGUCCAUUGAAUUAUUUUUAAAAUAAAUGAGAUAUCACUGCCAGAAAGCAUGACCAUUUGACCUGUUUUUCUAGAUAGAAAAUUUGGAUAUCGUUCCAAAAUAUUUUGGAAUACAUACAAUGGAAAAAUAAGUGAAAAAUUGUUUCUUUGUUUAGACCACAGAAAUCACAAGAAUAAUUAAUAUUCAGUUUAAACCUUUCCAGAACAUGCUUUACAGGAUAUAUUCUAUGUAAAAUUUUAAAUGACACCUCUUUCAUUUUAUUGGUAAUACAACAUUUGUCUGAUAUUCUCCAUGCUUUUUUCCAAUUCAGGUCACCAUAAAUAGAAGACCAGAACAUUUGCAUAGGGGGAAUAUUGUUCUCUACAAGGAUAUUUGGGAUUUCUUUAUUACUACAUUUUUUCUUAAGGACAUCUAAAUCCCCAGUGAAUAUAUUCGUUUUCCAGUCUGAUGACUGAGUUGUAUCAUCAUGAGAAUUUUUCAAAACCUGUAAAGCAUCUUUUGGAAUAGUGUCAAAUACCAAUGCAUAUUCUUUUGGUGUAACAGGUAAUUCUUCAGAAAUUCACCAUAAGACAAUAAUAACCCAUCUUUAUUUAAAAGUUGCUGAACUUGAAUAAUAUUGUUGUGAAACCAUUUCUGGAUAAACAGAGUUUUAUGUUUAAACUGAAUAUCUAUGUUGUUCCAUAUGUAAUAUCUGUGUGGAGAGAAAUUGUGCUUAUAGGCCAAGGUCCAUGCUAAAAGUGUCUGUUUGUGGAAAUUAGCUAGUUUAAUAGGUAAUGUGUCUACAGAAUAGUUACAUUUAAUCCCUCCAACAUCACUGAAUAACGCACCUUCACGUCUCAUUCAUGAAAAACAUCACCAGUGACGUCAUGUGAUGAACCUGUGAAGAGACUCUGCUGCUAAUGAGACUCUUCAAAGUUUGAUCGUCUCCCUCGUGUGUGUGACUAACGAGCAGUGACGGUUUUAACAUCACCUGUCACUCCUGUCAAUUGAAACAUUACGCGUGACCAGUGACAGAGGAGAGCACAAAGCAAACACUGAAACACAAAGCUGCAGACAGCAGGACAACACAAGUACUGAGUUAAAGGACAAUGGCUCUGAUAGUCAUGAUGUUUGCUGUGACGCUGGUUUCUCACUGCUGGAGCGCUCCACAGCGGAGAAACUGGACUCCACAAGCCAUCUUAUACCUAAAAGGCGCACAGAAACAUCAUUCAGUGCUGGAGCGCAACACCAGAGAAGAAGGAGACACUUUACAUAUAGUGACUCACAACCAGAGCAGCGAUGGACCCGUAAUGUCUUUGGCUUCAUCUUUUCUUCUGGAGCUUCUCCAGCGAGCUGUGGAAGAAGAUAGAGACGAUCCAGGUUUUUAUCCAGACGAACAAGAGGUGAAUUUGACUUAUUUGUAAUUGUGAACCUGUUUAUCGGUCAUUUUAAUUGUUGUUAUUGCAUUUUAUUAUGUUCUUCUAUACGUGUUGCUUGUUUAUAUUUUCAUGUAAAGCACACUGAGUUGUGAUGCAAUGUGCUACAGCUGUGAUUGUUUAAAUAAACUCUGAGCCAUGUGUUCAACUUAUUGCUCCCACAGCUGUAAAACUUGUUAAGCGAUUAAAAACACAAUCUGCUCCAGGCAACAAUUUAGUCGUUCACACCACACAGUGAUUAACACCAUGCUAAACACCAUUCAAUCAUACAUCAUCACUCUGUCUACACCGGGGUCACUGAGAGGCGGCCCAGUGACUCUGAUUUGAAAUGGCAGCUUGAACCAGUCACGUCUGGGUCGAACAGAGGUCACCAGCAGAGAUGUAGAAGAGUCCAGACCUGAUCUGACUCACUUUAGGUGGUGCGGUUUAGUUUCACCCACAUUAAAACAUGCAGAACAGGUUUAAUCCUGUUUUCUAGACUGACAUUUAUGAUAUGGAUUACACAAUAAAUACUACUAAAUGCUCCUAAAGUAAGAAUUUUCUGUAAAAACAAGUUGUAUUUCAUUGACUAGAGAUCACAGAUUCAUAGUUAUGUUGGUUCACUGACCAUCAGAAAAGAAACAUUAAUGUUAAUUUCAGCUCAUCUGCUACAAAUCUGAUCGAACAUUAAAGGAAAAUCCAUUGUUACAAAGAAUUUACAUUAUGUCAUUUAAAUGAUCAAAUACAGAAAAGACAAGAGCUGGAAAUCAGAGCAUCAAGACUUGAACUGAGGCUUUCAUCAGGAAUCUUAACUCAAGGUCCACUUACUAGCUUUUUCUGGGGAUUUCAACCACUUCUCACAGUCCUCACUUUAUCUGCUGGUGUAAAUUAAUAAUUCUCAGAGCUUCUGUUUGAGAAAAAUGUUGUGAAUCAGAAAAUUAAGCUUUUAUUGUCUUUGAAUUUGUUAAGUUUUCAUGAUCAGAAACCUG